AUGGGUGUUCCUAAAUUUUAUCGAUGGAUAUCUGAACGUUAUCCAAACAUAAGUCGUAUUACUAUUGACAGACAUAUUCCCGAAUUUGAUAAUUUUUAUUUGGAUAUGAAUGGUAUCAUUCAUACUUGUUCACACACUGAUGAUGAAAAUAAUGACACAAAUGCAUCAGAAGAAGAUAUAUUUCGAAAUAUAUUUCAUUAUAUUGAUUUUCUAUAUCGAAUGAUCAAACCACGAAAAGUAUUUUUCAUGGCUAUUGAUGGUGUCGCACCAAGAGCUAAAAUGAAUCAACAACGGGCAAGACGUUUCCGCGCUGGUCGCGAUCGUAUGCAGAAAUUGAAUACACUGGCUGAAAAAUCGGGUGCCUCAUUAAAUGAACUAAAUCGAUUUGAUACAAAUGCAAUUACACCUGGCACUGAAUUUAUGACAAAUCUAAAUGAACAAUUGAAGUAUUUUAUUAAUGUCAAAAUCACGACCGAUCCUUUAUGGGAAGGUGUCGAAAUUUAUUUGUCUGGACAUCUAACUCCCGGUGAAGGUGAACAUAAAAUAAUGGACUUUAUUCGUUUUACACAUUCACAACCGAAUUACAAUGUGAAUACAAGACAUUGUUUGUAUGGUUUGGAUGCAGAUUUGAUUAUACUUGGUUUGGUUACACAUGAAUUACAUUUUGCCUUGUUACGUGAAGAAGUCACACAUGGUGUACAAAAAACGACAAAAAUACCAUUGCCGGAGGAAAUCAAUUGGCAUUUAUUACAUUUGAAUUUAUUACGCGAUUAUAUUAAUCUUGAGUUUAGUUCAAUGAAAGUAGGCAAAUGA